CAAAAGAGAGAGGAACAAGAAGCAGACAUAAACACUCUUCGCUGAUCUGACAGUCAGUGUUUACUCAGGGAUUAACAGAUUCUACUCUCAACUUUAGUUUUAGUUAAGGUGUCACAGGCAGCCAAUAAAAAUGGGUUGCUUUGGAUUUUUGAAAGCAAUGAUGUUUCUCUUCAAUGGUGUCAUCUUUCUUGCCGGAGCAGCUAUUUUGGGUGUGGGGAUAUGGGUGAAGGUGGACAGCGGAUCUGUCCUGAAUUUUAUGCAGAAAAUAGAUGGAGCUCCGGGGGAACUUGGGCAGCUCUUGAAUGUGGGAUAUCUCCUGAUCGCAGUGGGUGCUUUACUCCUCAUACUGGGAUUUCUGGGCUGCUGUGGAGCGGUCAAAGAGAGCAGGUGUAUGCUGCUGCUGUUCUUCGUCAUUAUUCUUAUCGUCUUCAUCGCUGAAGUCGCUGGAGCGAUUGUGCUUCUGGUCUUUAAACCUCUGGCAGCAAGCCUGAUCCAGAAGUUGGGAGAUGCAGCUGUGAAAAACAUCAAGAAAGAUUAUGGGAAUAACACCGAUAUCACGGGACUCUGGAACACAACCAUGUCAACGCUAAAGUGCUGUGGAUUCUACAACUACACCGAUUUCACGGGUUCACCUUUUGUGGUCAAAACCUCGAUGUACCCCGAUCAGUGCUGCAAUACAUCGCCCUGCAGUGCUAUCAACGCUAAUAAUUCAAAAGUGCCCAGUUGUUUUGAUGCACUGAAAAAGCUGAUAGAUGAUAAUGCAGUCGUCAUCAUAGGUGUGGCAUUGGGCAUCGGCGCACUUGAGCUUGCAGCAAUGAUCGUCUCCAUGACCCUGUAUUGUAAGAUAGGGUCAAAAUGCGAUUAAGGUCUCACUCUGCCUUGAAAAUCUCCUGAAUGACUCUUCUGGGAUGAGGCGAGAUUGCUGAUCAUCUUUAUGUUCAGAACAUAUCACUGUGAUUUCAUGCAAAUUCUGUCCAUUUUAAAAUACAUCAAACUAAGUUGCGCUUGAUAAGAAUACCCACAAAAUGCCGAUUCAGACAGUCAAAUUUAAAUGCAAAUUCAUUUUGAAAUACCCUAUUUUUUACAAAAGUAAUGUUGAAUGUUAAAAUUAGCUUUUAUUUACUCUUUUUGUUUUUUUAUGUUUCCUGAACGGACUGUUGGUAACUGACUGAAUCUAGUUUUUUACAGCCUUGCCUAUGCAAGACAUGUUAUUUUAUUUAAAAAAUAAAAUGAUGUAAAUAUUUAAUCAAAUAGCACCUGCGGUGAUAUUUUGUGAUUAUGAACACCGUGAGGGAUUUUCAUUAUAUGUGCAAUGACCAAAAAGCCAUUUUUUUUUUUUUUUUUUUACGAAUGUUACUGAUUUAUUGUAAUUUAUUGUAUUUUUAUUUUUACAAACCAGAGCUGUUUUAAAUAUUGUGCCUUUUCACUGUAAUAAAACACAACAUAUAUCCUCAACCUCCCUGUGGAUAUAUAGAGUUUUUAAUAAACAGAAUCAGAUAUGAUGUUGAAAAGUGCAUUAACAAUUAUAAAAGCAAGAUUUCUUCUUGUUGUAUUUUGUCUGUAGUUAUAUUCGUCACGUAAGACUCUGCAAAUAUACCCCUCUUUAUUCUAGCAGUAGUACUGCUGUUGGAUACAUAUAAAUACUGGGCUCUAACUGGAAUCACAUUAGUUACAUGUACAGUACAUGUAUUGUAUCACUGCUGUAAUAAUCACAAAAUCAACAUAUGCACUUGUUCAGAAGCUAAAAUGAUAGGAUCUGACUAACUGGGGCCCAGAUCAGGAAGCAUACAAACUGGCUAACCCGAACAUCUGCUAGCUGCCUUGAGACGUCACACAGGUCACAUAAACUACAACACAUAGAGACUGUAUCACCUAGAUAUCACAUAGAGACUGUGUCUGUUCACUGAACUAUAAGACAAAACUCACACUAAAUCAGAUAGAAAUAAUUUGAUUAAGGUCAAACUUGAACAAAACAAACAAAUUAAAGAUAAACAUCAUAUAAAAAUUGGAACUGGCCCCCACAGUGAGUCUGGUUUCUCCCAUGUUUAUUUUUCUCCAUUAAUCAACAUCUCUGGAGUUUUGUGUUCCUUGCCACAGUCGCCUUCGACUUGCUCACUGGGGUUAUAAAUGCAGCUAUUGUUUAAUUUUCUUAUUUUUAAACACAACACACAAUUGUAUUUUAUCUAUUUACACAAUGACAACUCUAAGACUUUAUAGACAUUACAGUUUCAUUUUCUGUUAAUGCACGAUUUUCUGUAAAGCUGCUUUGAAACAAUGUGUGGUGAGAGGCGCUAUACAAAUAAAAUUGACUUGAAUAAACUGUAGA